UAGACACGGGUAAUCAACCGGAUUAUUGUUGCUCUAGAAGAAGUUGACAUUAUACAGGAAUUUCGCCCAGGCAGAUGUGUACAGUGGGCGUAAAAUUGCAGAAGCUUUAGGGCAGCGGGUCUUAAUGAUUACCUGGUUGCCUAUAUUUUCAUUUAUCCGGGGCUGACAAUGAAACGAGGAGGCCACGCCACCAAGAAGGCUCGAUUAGAGUUGAGCGAGGAUGGUUCAGCCGAGCCCCCUGAUCCAAUUGCAGCCGCUAUGGAGGCCAAGCGCUUGCGACUGCUUGCUGGCGGUGCAGCAACUGCAGAUUACUCCUCGGUUAAGCCCCCAAGGGUUGACAGUGCCCCAGACCUUUACGAUGCAUAUGCGGCCGGCACCAGAGGCGCCGCUCCGCCAUUCUCAGUUACUACCACGACCAUCACCCGCAUCGCACGACAGCGUCCUCCGCUGGCGGCCCCCGCUAGCGCACUCCCAGCCGGCUCCAGCGCAGCAGCGUCUGCACCGGCGCCCACCGCCACCGCAGCAGCAGCUGGAGGGCGAGAUGACGACGGUAGCGGACUUGCCGCUUUGCUUGGCUACAGUGAUGCGGAGGCUGGUUCCUCCUCUUCUGGUGAGGAAGACACCGGGGCGGACACCGAUAAAGACGAGCAGCAGCACCAGGAGCACCGGCGGAAACUUGGCUCUGAGGAGCGGUCUCAGGAACUGCCCCCCCGGCAAGGUCAGGGCCUGCCUAACGCCCCUCGGCAGCCGCCGGCUGGUGCAGGUGGUACGGCAUCUGGGUCGGCAGCAGCAGUCCCAGCGGCCACCACAACGACAACGUCUUCCACAGCUGCCACGUCUUCCGGAGUAGCUGGGGCGGGAGCAGGAGCAGGACCGGAAGCCCGGGAGGGCGAGCGAGCGGCCACGCCGGAUGCUGGCACAUCUGCUUCUGCGGAGGCAGGGGCGGCAGCUGCUGCGGCGGGCGGGGAUAGCAUGGAUAUGGAGCUCGCCAGCUUCAUGCAGGAGCUAGAAGCCAGCGGGCUGCUGGGGGAGGCGGCUGCAGCUGCUCCCACCUUGGGUGAGGCAGCUGCAACCACCACCACCGCCGAUCCCAACACCGCAAGCGCAACCCCCAUGGAAGAGCCCGCUGCUGCUGCUGCUGCUGUCGCUGAGGACUCGGAGGCCUCAGCAGGGCCUGCGGGCGACGCCGCGGUGACAGCGGCUAAGACGACUAUGACCAGCAGUUCAGCCCAUGCUGCUGCUGCUGGCGAUGGCUCUGCAGCUACUGUAGGCACCACUGCUGCUGCUGCUGGCGGCUCCACUGCAGCGGCGGCGGAGGGUGCGGAGCAGCGUGUGCUGGGCUACCUGCGUGCGGCGCCCGAGUGGUGCAAGUGCCUGGACACGGGGUCGGGUCGGGUGUACUACUGGAAC